GACAAGGUUCCUGACUGUGAGAACAUGGCUCUUGACGGUGAGGGCAAGGUUCCUGACGGUGAGGACAAGGUUCUUGAUACUGAGGACAAGUUUCUUGACGGUGAGGACACGGUUCCCUGACGGUGAGGACAAGGUUCCUGACGCUGAGGACAAGGUUCCUGGCAGUGAGGACGAGGUUCCUGACGGUGAGGACAAGGUUUCUGACACUGAAGACAAGGUUCCUGACGGUGAGGACAAGGUUCCUGACGGUGAGAACAACGUUCCUGACGUUGAGGACAAGGUUCUUGAUACUGAGUACAAGGUUCCUGACGGUGAGGACACGGUUCCUGACGGUGAGGACAAGGUUCCUGACGGUGAGGACAAGGUUCCUGACGGUGAGGACAAGGUUCUUGACAGUGAGGACAAGCUUUCUGAUACUGAGGACAAGGUUCCUGACGGUGAGGACACGGUUCCUGACGGUGAGGAUAAGGUUCCUGACGCUGAGGACAAGGUUACUGUCGGUGAGAACAAGGUUCCUAACCGUGAGGACAAGGUUCCUGACGCUGAGGACAAGGUUCCUGACGCUGAGGACAAGGUUUCUGACGGUGAGGACAAGGUUCCUGACGCUGAGGACAAACUUCCUGACGCUGAGUACAAGGUUUCUGACGGUGAGGACAAGGUUCCGGACGGUGUGGACAAGGUUCGUGACACUGAGGACAAGGCUCCUGACGCUGAGGACAAGGUUUCUGACGGUGAGGACAAGGUUCCUGACGGUAAGAACAAGGUUCCUGACGGUGAGGACAAGGUUCCUGACGGUGAGGACAAGGUUCCUGACGGUGAGAACAAGGUACCUGACGGUGAGGACAAGGUUCUUGACAGUGAGGACAAGAUUCCUGAUACUGAGGACAAGGUUCCUGACGGUGAGGACACGGUUCCUGACGGCGAGGUCAAGGUUCCUGACGCUGAGGACAAGGUUCCUGACGGUGAGGACAAGGUUCCUGACGGUGAGGACAAGGUUCCUGACGGUGAGAACAAGGUUCCUGACGCUGAGAACAAGGUUCCUGACGGUGAGGACAAGGUUCCUAACGCUGAGGACAAUGUUCCUGAUGCUGAGGACAAGGUUCCUGACGCUGUGGACAAGGUUCCCGACGGUGAGGACAAGGUUCCCGACGCUGAGGACAAGGUUCCCGAUGCUGAGGACAAGGUUCCUGACGCUGAGGACAAGGUUCCUGAUGCUGAGGACAAGGUUCCUGACGGUGAGUACAAGGUUCCUGACGGUGAGUACAAGGUUCCUGACGGUAAGGACAAGGUUCCUGACGGUGAGGCAAGGUUCCUGACGGUGAGGACAAGGUUCCUGAUGGUGAGGACAAGGUUCCUGACGCUGAGGUCAAGGUUCCAGACGCUGUGAACAAGGUUCCAGACGCUGAGGACAGGGUUCCUGACGGUGAGGACAAGGGUCCUGACGCUGAGGACAAGGUUCCAGACGCUGAGGACAAGGUUUCUGAUCCUGAGGACAAGGUUCCUGACGCUGAAGACAAGGUUCCUGACGCUGAGGACAAGGUUCCUGACGCUGAGGACAAGGUUAACGUUCCAGACGGUGAGAACUAGGUUCCAGACGCUGAGGGCAAGGUUCCUGGCGGUGAGGACAAGGUUCCUGACGGUGAGGACAAGGUUCCUGACGGUGAGGACUAGGUUCCUGACGCUGAGGACAAGGUUCCUCACGCUGAGGACAAGGUUCUGACGCUGAGGACAAGGUUCCUGACGCUGAGGACAAGGUUCCUGACGCUGAGGUCAAAUGGAAGAAGCUAAGGACCUUGGUUGAGCUCGGUUUGCGGCGUUAGUGACGAACCGAACAUAGAGGACAUAAAAUCGGGGAAAUUUCAUUUGAUAUUUGGAUCGGCCGAAAACGUUCUUGAGAAGUGUUCAGUUGACGCUUUAAAAUAUUCAAGUUGUCAUUUGCGUAAUCGUUUGGUUGCAUUUGUUAUAGACGAGUCUCACGUCGUUGAGACGUGGACUGGGGAAAGGAAAAUGCAAAUUCAAAAUGCACAUUUUAUUUUGGUGGAUGGUCCCGUAUAA